CACCCCUGAUGCCACCAUGCACCUGCAUCCAACCAUUCCAAGUACUCGUAUUAGAACGCGACGUGGUUGCUAAUCUGGCACCAGACAUGCAAGAUACGUUCUUUAAAUCGUCUUGGGCUGUACGUUAGCUUCACUGGGGACUAAAUUGUCUUUGGUGUUAUCAAAAAUAUGCCAAUGUGCCAAUCGCAGGGCACAUUCACACCUACGGGCAGUUUAGAGUCUUCAAUCAACCUACCAUGCAUUGUUUGUGGGAUGUGGGAGGAAACCGGAGUGCCUGGAGAAAACCUACGCAGGCACAGAGAGAACAUGCAAACUCCACACAGGCGGGGCCGGGAUUUGAACCCCGGUCCUCAGAACUGCUUGGACUUGUUCCACCUGGCAGAAGGCUUUUACGCUAGCUGACUGAACGGAAGCGCAUCACUUCCUGCGUCACUUCCUGUCUUGACUUCCUACAACACUGAGCCUCUUCGCUCCCCAACAUUCAGCAUGAAGCCACAACAUCGCCUCAUUAUCUUGGUGGUCUGGAUGACGGGGGUCCGGCUGAGCGAAGACAUGAGGGUCUUCCAAACCCCUCGCGACAUUUUCAGGAGAGCGGACGACGACGACGUCAUACUGAGUUUCACGCACACGCUCGCCAACCACGACACCAUCCAAUGGUACCGGCGGGUGCCAGGCGGCACCCGAUCUCUGAAGCUUUUGGCGCUGGUCAACUACGAGAAGGCUUUGGUGGAGCCGCCCUUCAGGGGCCGCGUCGACGUGAGCGGCGACGGCAGGGGGGCGGCGCACCUCCGCAUCAUCCGGCCUGACGACGGCGGCCAUUUUCUCGCCGCCGCCAGUACACACAGCCUUGAAGGGGCCCGACAGUGCCCCACAAAAACCCUCCCCGAAAGAUAAGAGGACGGCAGAAGCAAGCCUCUGACACCCUUUCUUUUGGAUGUCGCUUCCAAAGUCAAACGCACCACAGUGAACCCUCGCUAGUCGCGGGGUUAGAGACAAAGUGACGAAAUUUGUGAAAUUUUACACAACUGUCUUAUAUUAAGUUAUUAAUAUACUCCAACCUAUGAACCCAAAACACCUCAAAAUCCCACUUCUACUGACUUAUAAUCAACACAGGUGAUGGUAACAAACAACUUCUCUUCUCCCAACACUAAGAAAAAAUAUACAGUAGCAAAGUUGUCUCAUGUUGAAUUAAGUUUUGAAAAUUUCAAAUUGUUGGCUGCACUGUGACUGUAAUCUAAAUUGACAGUUUGGCACAGAACUGAAAUAGGAUUUAAUUGAAUGUAAUUUGCGCGUGCAUUGCGGACUUGGACGAAGGCGCGACGUUGACAUUGAUUUUGCAUUUUGGUUACAUUAACUGUUAAUUUAAAGUCAUUUAUGUUUUGAAACAUGGAGAUGUCCUUGACUGGGUGUAGUAUUCAUCCCUCGAAUCUGACACUUUAUUGUCCGGAGAGCGCAGGCCAAGUAGCUGGCACCCUACCGAGACGCUAGGCGCUGCUGCUUAAACAUUUAUAUUUCUCUCAGAUAAACCAAAAAGAAACCAUAAAACAUUGUUUAAUAACAAAGGUAAAAGCUUUUGCCUUGUGUGAAGCUUGUAUUAGUGCGUGAAUGUUUAUGAGCACCAUUGCCGCACCGUUUAAACGAAACGAAGCUAAAGUUAGCGAGAGCUAACGUUUGGGCUAACGCUGGUAAUAUUUGUUCCAACGUUCAAACAUGGCUUCAAACUUUCCUCGGCUUCUGAAAUAACAGGACCUCAUCAACAAACAAUGUUUGUACUUUACCGUCAUCUCUCAAAUCUGCUGCUGUCGUGAGCUGCGGUUUUUUGUUGACCUGGUUUUGAUCAGCUCCCUCCAGCUACUUGUGUCUUGUCCAGGUGUGCCUCGUUGUCUCGUCAAUUUGUUUUUAUUUCGCUCCCUUCAGUGUGUGUCGGAUCAUUGUUGCGGUCAUGUGUCACAUUAAGUAUCCGUAGUUUUGUCAUGUACUCUGUAGUGGUGAGGGUUUUGUUUCUUAGUGUUUUUUUGUUACUCUGAGUCUUGAUUUUUCUGGGACUUUUUAGUAUUUAGAUUUUUACGUGAUCCUUGUUUGCCUUUUUUGUUUUUGAAAAUGAAUACUGUUAUUUUUUACUGCUGCCUUGCCUCCCUGCUCCACUUUUCUCAAACAUAAAAGGACUCUGAUGAGCAACAAGUGGAAAUGUAUACAUAUUUAGAUAGAUUGACAUUACUGGAAUAUUAAACAUUGCAGAAUUUUUCCGAGUGCCUUUGAAGGGGUUAAAAGGAGGCCGCGAGCCUUGGCUUUCAGCCAAUCAGCUCGCGUCGGCUGCCGCUCUUUGUCAGAUGACUAGCGAGCGCAGAUCAUAGCAACCUCAAGGAAACCAGAAGACGUGAUGUUCCUCUUAUUACUGAGCAUUGCUGCCAGCGUUACUCUGCUCUCAGGACUGAUCGUCACGCAGACUCCCGCCGACAUCAUCGCGGCAGUGGGCCAGUCAGCCACGCUUGAGUGUUCUCACCAAAAAACGAGCUACAACCAGUUGCUGUGGUACCGGCAGCGCGGCGUGGGCAUGCAGCUCAUCGGGUACAUGUACUACGAAAACCCCACGAUGGAGCCUGACCAGGACGUGAAGUUGGAGGGGAGCGCAAAACCCGGCGAAAAGUGCAAGAUGACUUUCCCCGAGCUGCGCCCGAACAGCAGCGCCGUUUAUUACUGUGUGGCUAGCGACCACGGUGCUGUGUCGAACAGGACUUCCGAGAUGGUUAUCGGUUCUUUGAGGGUUCCGACUCAAAGCAAGUUUGAAGCGUCAGCCAAGGGUGGAUCAGACAGUCGCUUUCAGGCCUCAGUUCAGUCAAAGUUGGUUGCUGCGCGCAUCCCAGCUGGGCGGGCGAGAGGUUUUUGUGGUAGCUCGGCGCCUCUGUGCUCGUACGAUGAAGCUUUUUUCGGCGCAGGGACCAAACUCACUGUUUUAGAUCCAAACGUCAAAAUCACGCCGCCCACGGUAAAGUUGCUCCCGCCUUCGGAUGGCGAGUGCACAAAUCAGAAGGACAAAGAGGCCAAGAAGAAGACGCUGGUGUGCGCGGCCACCGACUUCUACCCCGACCACGUGGGCGUGGCCUGGAUGGUGGACAGCCAGAAGCGUGACAAGGGCGUGGCCACGGACUCCGAGGCCCUGCGGCGAGGGCUCGGCUACAGCAUCACUAGCAGGCUGAGGGUCCCGGCAUCCGAGUGGUUGCACGGGAGCACGAACUUCACCUGCGUCCUGACCUUUUUCGAUGGGACGACCUAUAGCGACUACGCAGAGUCGAUCAGCGGCAAAGAUGACUCAGCUGGAGGUGGAUUUACCCGAGAGAGCUUCUUGAGGUUGACGCAGAGCGCCAAGCUGUCGUACGCCGUCCUCAUUGCCAAGAGCUGCGUCUACGCCGCCUUCGUGGCCUUCCUGCUGUGGCGGUUCAGGGUCGGUUGUGCUCUUGAAAAAAAAAUAAAAAAUGAAAAGUGUAUUAAAUUGUGUUUGGUGUCAGGUUUAAAAACAUGUACAGGUUCUUUGAAGAUUUAAUUGCUUUUCAUGCUCAUGAAAAUGUACGUUAGGCUCACUGAUGACCCCAAACGUACUUUAGAAUCAAUAUUUACAAAAAUACGUGCGUUAGGUUCACUGAACACUAAUGGUCAAGGACAUACGGUUCAUUGAAGACUAAGCUGCGUUUGAUGUUUCCAAAAACACAUCGGGCAAGACUUUGGUUUCGGUCAGUGCGGCCUCGAGCGCAACACUGCACGAUGAUCUUCGUUAUUUGCAGAAAGCAGCAACACUCGUCUCGGUCAAUGGUUAGGAAAACACGUACGUUCCGUUUAAUUAUGGUUCGGAACAGCCAAAAAUGCAAAAGUCUUUUCGUUUAAUAAGUAAAAUUGACUUACACGCGAUCGCUGAAUUUUUCUUUUUGUUUG